GCCGUGUGGCGUCGUCUCACUCAACGCGCGCGUUUCUUUCCACCUGUCUAAAACGUGAUGUAAGUCAAAACAUUCGGAUUUCAGGGGCUUUGCGAGAUGUCCGAAAGCACCGACGACGAUCCAUCGAUCUCAGCAUCAUCGUUCGGAAAUGCGAACAAGCAGCUUAGCCCCUCUGCUGCGGCAAGCCAGUCAACGGAGCGUCGAAGUCGCUCACCGUCCUCUCCGAUCCGCUCGUCGUCAUUCGGUGCUUCGCCCAUUCAGCGUGGUGGUGGGAACACAUCGGCUGGAGAUGUGUUUGACGACGCCGAUCCCUGCGAGAAGGACGUGUUUGGUGUUUCCUCUCGGGAUAGCCGCCUGCCGCCGGCUGAGAAGCAGCGAAGAAUCCAUGGAACCAGAGUGACUGCGACACCCGAGGAGAUCAGCAAGCUGAGCGCGUUGUUGUGCAACCAGAUGCCUGCUGAGCUGAACAACCGUGAGGUGCUGAGUCAGCACUUUUCCCAGUUUGGCCGGCUGGAGCAUGUUAGCUGUGACCUCAAGCGCAAGUUUGCCACCAUUUAUUUCAGUGACCACCAUUCUGCUGCCUUGGCAAAGAAAAGAGGGACGACCAUCAGCAAGCAGUUUCCCCCAGUUCAAAUCUUCUGGUGUGCAAAGAAAUGGCCUUCUGGUGGCACGUCGCAGAACACAGCCAGCCCAACCACAGAAGCCCCCAAGCCGCGUGUUUCGAAGAGGAGUGCAUCGCGACGUGGCCACUCCCAGCCGGAACCCAACCAAACCGCAGCCCCGCUCGUCAAAGCUAAGGAGACUCUGGUUGAGGUCAAAACGCAAGCAGAGGAAUCCCUGUCAGCGCUACUCAGGCAGUCUGCACACAGCGUGGGAGAGCGUUAUCGAGUACUCGAUGCACGAGACAAGAUCAUCCGGCUGCGACUGGAGAAACAGAGUGACCUUGCCACUGCCCGUGCCACCAGGGGUGCCUGUCCUGAUAUGUGCCCCGAGAAGGAACGCUACUCUCGCACCGACAAGAAGUGCCUCAGCUCUUUCGAGAUGCUGCCUGGCAGCGAUGGUGUGAUGGACCACACUCGCAUGGUCAAGGAGUACAGCCGUUCCUCUGCUGACCAGGAAGAGCCCCUGGCCCACGAGCUGCGGCCACCGCACGUGCUGCGACACACCAUGGACUACCUUCUGGUGCACCUGAUGGAUUCGCCGCAACCGGUGGGCGAGUGGUACGACUUCAUCUGGAACCGGACGCGCGCUAUCCGGAAGGACAUCACACAGCAGCACCUGUGCGACCAGGCGUGUGUUGCUCUGGUGGAGCAGUGUGCGCGCUUUCAUAUCCACUGUGCCGCGGCUCUGUGCGAGCAGGACAUGUCAACCUUUGACCCCAAGAUCAACAAUGAGAACCUGGUCAAGUGCCUACAAACUUUGAAGCAUUUCUACUACGACCUGUCGCUGCGAGGAUCGCGCUGUCCGAACGAGCCGGAGUUCAGGGCCUACGAUGUGCUCUUGCACCUAAACGAAGGAGACACCAUUAGGCAGGUGCAGAAGCUGCCUGCCCAGGUGCGCUGGUCAGCCGAGGUGAAGCGUGCGGUCGCGGCCUUUGCUGCGCUCAACAGCAACAACUAUGUGCGCUUCUUCCGGGUUGCCGCCCAGGCACCCUACUUGGCCGCCUGCCUGCUGCACCGAUAUUUUGGACAGGUGCGCGUGCGUGCCCUCCAGACCUUUUUCAAGGCUUUCUGCCUGCCCAAUCACAGUGAGGAGUUCUCGCUGGAUCUGCUUAGACGGCAGCUGGGCUUUGACUCGACCUCCGAGGUGGAACUGUUCGCAUUGAACCUGGGGCUGCGUACCAGUGGGCAGGCACUGGUGCUGGACCGUGCCUCCCCUCCGGAGCUGCUUGGUGCCCUGCGGGUGGGACGCUCCCAGGUGCUGGUCGAGUCCAAGCGCACAACAUCAGUAGGCGAGCACACGACUACCAACUCGUCUGCACCCUACUCUGCAGACCACGCAGCUGCUGCAGCCGGUAAUGUGCUGCCGCAAGCAACGCUACCAGCACACAUUAUCUGCAUGGACCGUACUCCCCAUCAAGGCUCCCUCCAGAAGCAACAUGGACGCUGGGCUGAGUGUGCAGUGAAAGAGGAAGAGCCAGAAUUGGAGCCAGAGGAGAAAGAGCAGCCAGCUAUGUGCCCGGAUGAGGUGGUGGAAGAUGCAUUACACGUGCUGCUUGAGGACAUGGUGCAGCAGGAGCUGCAGGUCAUUGGCGAAGAGUGUGCGCUUGGUGAAGUGGCCGAGCUGACAGCCACAUCCCUGCUGGAAGAAGAGACACGGCAGCUCUCCAUGGCAGCCUGCACGGAAGAGUUCCUUCACGCGGAAGAACAACGCUUGCAGGAGAAGCUUCUUGCCAAGAGGAGGACACGGGAAGAUGAGCAAAAGGCACAGGAGCACCUGAUUGAGGACAUCCUUCAUGAGGGGCUCCAGAGAGAGAUGGACGACAUUUGCAGGGAGAGGAACUGGUGGUGCACUACCUUCCGGCUGAGCUGGACCAGUUCAAUGCAUGGGACACUUGGGUCGACAUCACCCUUGGCACCACGGGGGAGAGCCAAGCACCUGUUGCUGGAAGAGGGAACACUGAGCACAUGGGCCAACUCGAGCAUGUGGUUGCAUGGCAGCACAGCCCGUCAGCCUCCCUUACCUCCCCGCCGAAAGUUAUGCUGCCCACUCCCAGCAAUGUCUCUAAGCCUGAGCAGGAGAACAACAAAGCACCAGUUGGUGACAAAGUGGACUCUGAGUGCAUGCGCCAGCUCGAGCUGAUGAUUGCACGCCAGAAGAGUCUCUCAGCAUCCUUUACCUCCCAGCUGGAAAGUAUGCUGACCACUCCCACCGAUGUCGCCAUGCCUGAGCAGGAGGACAGAAAAAUGAAUGAUACACCUUGCCAGAGGCCAACUUCCACCCAGAGUAUUGAAGAUAUGCUUGCCAUGCUGGAAACAAAAGUUCAAGAUAGCCGGAAGACAUCAGCAAUGUUCACAAACUUUAUUACAACAGUUUUAGAAUCGUGAAGCAAAAUAAAUAUAUGUUCUAUUCA